CCGCUGCGGGAGCCUCCUCGUUCGUCAUUCAGUUGCAGUCAUGGCCGCCUCUACGACGCCGCUGUCCCCUGAAGACCUGCUGCCAUCCAAGGGAAGCGCCGGCAAAACGGAUGAGCUGGAAGAGGAUACAGAGGAGGAGGAAGAUGAGCUGGAUGAGACCCUGGCGGAGAGACUUUGGGGUCUCACAGAGAUGUUUCCAGAGCGCCUUCGAUCGGCAGCUGGAGCCACCUUCGACGUGUCCUUUUCUGUAGCUCAGAAAAUGUACAGAUUCUCAAGGGCAGCUUUAUGGAUUGGGACCACUUCUUUCAUGAUCCUAGUUCUUCCUGUUGUUUUUGAAACUGAGAAACUGCAAAUGGAGCAGCAGCAGCAGUUGCAACAACGACAGAUUUUAUUAGGACCAAAUACAGGGCUUUCUGGAGGAAUGUCAAGUGCUCUGCCUUCUCUUCCUGGCAAGAUUUAAUCAAAUCAUUGGAGCCAUAUUAUGGAAGGAAAUACUGCAAUUGUUUAUUAGGCAGGAGUGGGGGUUUUUUUCUUUUCUUUUCUUGGACAUCUGUUUAUGAUGGAGGCAUACCCCAGUAUGUAUUUUAUGACACUGACCUCUUCUUUAAUCCUUAGGCAAUCAUGAUUUUUUUAUUCCUUCCCUCAGUUGAUAAUCAAACCAAUUAACAAGGACAUUUGAAGCUUUUAUUUUGGUAUCCUUAUUUCCAGGAAACCGUCUCAGGACAUGCCAGAUUCUGGCCAAAUUUAAUUAGCGAUGUUUGUCUAUAUAAAGUCCUGUUUCUCUCCUGAAAUACUGAAGAUGAAUUUUAGACUAGAAACAGCACAAGCUGAAGUAUACAUGCUACAAGUACAAUGGAACAGUCCGGUGCAUACUAAAUUUUACUGAGUGAGCUUCUAUUUGAGUUAAUGUUUCGAUGCUGAGGGAACCUUAGAUAAGUCAUUUUCACCAAUUUUGUUGCAUCUCUAUUGAUACUGAAAUCCACUACAGCCCUUUUGUAUUAAAUUGUUUGAGUGUAAUCA